CGACCAAAUCAACGUGUCGAAGAAUCUGUCUUUAAAAAAUCAAGAGCUGCACAUGACGAGAUGACAACUGGUCUCCUCUGACGAUAAUCCAACCUUCAGAUGUCUGACCUUUAACCUCUCCCCAACACACAGCUAUGUUUUCAUGUAAACAAUCAGCAUCAACCUGUUUAAUAUUAACGAGUCUGACACACCAUCAGUCACUGGAAAACACGUCUGAAUACAUGAAUAAUAUGUGAGCGAGGAGCAACAGAAGGAGGAGGAGGCGGCGAUGGUAUAAAAACAGGAGGGGAGUAAACCACACAGUCCAUGUGAGGAGGAGGAGGAAGGAGAGAAGAACAAGAGAAAAACAACAAAGAAACUGCUGGAGUUUGGAAUUAGACAUCGAAGAAGAAAAGGAAGAGAACAUUUGUUGGGUUUUCCUGCAGGAUCUUUAAUCUCUCUUUGGUGAUGGAGAGCGUGCGAGCUGUGGUCUACCUGUCCGUCUGUCUGUCUGUGCUGACAUCACUGUGUCACGGUCAGAGGUCAGCGCUGGACGAGUCUGACAUCGGACUCACAACCAAAGAGCUGGCUGAAGCUCUGCAGGGCCUCCUGGAUGACGCUGACAGCAGCGUUGGUCUGUCUGUGGAAAAGAAGGCGAGCGUCAUCCCGCGGUGUGAUGUUGGUGAGCGCUGUGCGAUGAAACAUGGGCCUCGAAUUGGUCGGCUGUGCGACUGUCUGAGAGGAACAGCCUGCAACACCUUCUUCCUGCGCUGCUAUUGAAUAAACACACGCUCACCUGUCACCUGUCACCUGGCCAUCUCUCUGCAUGUUUCUGUCUUUGUUUGAACUUUCUGUGUCUGUUCCUCAGAUUCAUUUAUUUUUGUUAAAUAAAAUUUCUCCAUAAAGUCGCUCGGCUCUGAUGACCUCAUCAUUUCAUCAUAGUGUUUAACUGAAGAGACACUGAGACCAACUGAACCACAUCCAACAACAGAAGCCGACUCAGCCAAGAGUCCUGGGGUCCAAAC